CGCCCUCCCCAGUACCUCUGCUCCUGCUGUGAACAAAGGAGGUUAGUUAAGCCGUGUGCACUUCUCGCGGGGAAAUAAAAGCUGUUUUCCAAGCGGAUACUUCAGAAAAACAAAGCCCUGUUUUUCAUCUGGAAAGCAACUUGAAAGCAGCUCGUUGACGUGCAGGAUCUGAUCGCCUUUAAACAUGGGGGACACAGUUUCCUCUCACCUGGAUGAGAGCAGACGGGAGAUGAUUACAGCUCGCACCAGCAAUGUAAUGAAGGAGUUUAGCGACAUGUACGAGCAGCAAUACGCAGUUGCGCUCUUCAACAGUGUCCGCUUCGAGAUAGAGGGAGGUGGAGGUACACAAUCGCAGCUUCUUCACAGAAAGGACCCUCUAGCUGGCAGGUCAAUUUUCUCAGGAAGCCUGUUUCAGUACCUGGAGGAGAAUCGGAAGUGGCGGAAUCGCUUUAUAUCUGUGCCAAACAGCUACACCAUCAGUAUCUACGACAGCAAAGCAGCAUAUGAACGAGGGCUACAUCCAAAAGUGACCAUAAACUGUGCAGGGUAUAGAGCUCUUACGUCAAUGGAGGAGUACAUGGAGUUGUUGAAUACUAACCUGUCAGAUAUCAAAGGCAAAGGGGGGGUUAAUCCGGUCAUCAAGUGUGCAACACAAUUUCCCCUCAUUCUCUGGCACCCUUACGCACGUCACCACUACUUCUGUGUUAUGACAGAGAAGGAGCAGAAGAAGUGGCAUGCUGUAUUACAGGACUGCGUCAGACACAGUAACAAUGGCCUUUCAGAGGAUUCCACUGUUCAUACGCCAGCCUUCACUGAUGCUGUGAGACUUCUUAGACAAUCAAAGGAACACUACGGUACUUGGGAUAUGAUGUGUGGAACACCUCCUCAGAUUUUAGCUAACCUUGUGAUGGAAACCCUUAGCCCUGAGCUUAAAAACGUGAUAAGUCCACGACUCAAGGGCAAAAUGCACCAGAGGCAGAGAAACUGGAUGCUGAUCUCCGAUGGAGUGUACAGACAGGUGUUGUCCCAGACCAGUGGACAAUACCAUGCACUGGUAGAGGCCUGUGAGGCGCAGAGAGCUCCACUGGAUGCCAGAAUACGAACCGACAUGGACCAGAUCAUCACAUCCAAAGAACAUGUCAGCAGCAAAAUACGAGCUCUAGUGUUGCCCAAGGCAGAAAAGCUCCUCCGAUCCAGCGUCCAGCCCUACAUCAACUCCAUACUAGACGCCCUGAUGGAGCCCACUAGCAGAGGUUUCGCGGAGGUCAGGGAUGUUUUCUUCAAGGAGCUGGUGGAACUCAGCAAGAACUCUCUUAAUAUCGGGGGGGGGGAGAAACUAGGAGAGCACAUGGAGAGGCUCUCCAUGCUCGCCUUCCACCCAGUCAAGAUGCAAAGCUGCUAUGAGAAAGUGGACCAGCUCAACUUGGAGGGUCUACAGCAGAGGUUUAGUGUCUCCAGUCCCUCUGUGUUCAUUGGCAGAGCUCAGAUUCUCAUGGGGGAGCAAAUGGACAAUGCAGUGUACACAUUUGAGCAGAUUUUUAAUCAGCGUUUGGAAGCCAAGGGAGGAGAGGACAUGUGUAAGACCAUCCAGAGAUGCCAGGACAGGGUGCUUAAGAAAUUUGAUUACGAUAGCAGCACAGUGCGCAAAAAGUUCUUCAGAGAGGCUUUACUGCAGAUCAUCAUCCCAUACAUGUUACAGCAUCUUGCUCCAUCCUGCUCACCUGACUUGCCUCGCUUCAAAGAACUCAUCUUUGAGGAUUUCUCUCGUUUCCUGCUGGUGGAAAAUAUAUUCGAAGAGGUGGUUUUGCAGUCAGUUACCAAGGACAUAAUGAUGGCUGUAAAGGAGGCAGCUGUCCAGAGGAAGCACAAUCUCUACAGAGACAGUAUCAUUCUGUCCAACAGUGACCCCAACUUGGAUCUGCUUGGAGAAACUUCCCCAGUGGACUGGUCUAGCAAAUUUGGGGCAGACGAGCAAGAGAGCCCUAUCAGCUUUGGGACUGUGGGAGAGGGGUCUGGGAAGAAACGCAGGCAGGUGGUGUCCAUGAUCCAGUUGGAAGGGAUGCCUCUCCCCUAUGAGUCCUGUCUGGAAGUUCCAGGUGUGGAGCUAAUUCCUGAGGAGGAUGCUGAGGUGUCUGAGGAAAAAAAAGAGGCCAAAGAAAUUGAGAACACAGGCCCUUUAGAUGAUCCAAAGUCCCCUGAUAGUGUAAAUGAAAUUAGGGAUCUGAUAAAUCCAGUGGUGGAGAUGUUGGUGUGUAUUUCAAAGGAUGAUCAGAAUGAAAUGACCAAUGGGGCGAAGCCAACCACCGGCACCACGACGAUGGAGGAUGGGUUGAAGGAACAGGUGAUACACAUUACCACUGUAGUGGAGGAUGUCCCUAGUAAAUCUCCAGUAGACAAAAUGUCCCCACAGACCAUCCUACAGAAGUUAGCAGGAAGCCCACAUCGGGAAUCUGUCAUCAAGAAGGCCAUUGAUGAAAUAGAUACAGCAGUGCUGGAGGGUGACGGAGAGAAAAUCGUUGAGGUAGCAAAAUCCGAUACAGAGUCACCAAUGCCACUGACCACAGACUCCAGUUCGUGCUUGAAUAGAGAAGACAAAAUCCUCAAGCCAGCAGACACGGAAGGGAUGUUAGGAUAAGAAGACAAUCCUCUGGGAUUGGAGAAAAGCACAGAGACCAAACGUUGCAUCAAAUGCGGAGGGAGAAUAGUGGAUUGAUGCUGGUUCAAUUAAUGUUGCAUUUACAAGUUGCUGUUGUUGAUAUUUCAAAAUCAAAAAUUAAGUCUGCUGUCAGCACCACUCUGUGGUGAUUGGUUCCCCUCAAUUAUGUACAACACUUAUAUUCAUAUACAUGGAAAACUUCUUUAGGUCAUCGGGGUUUUUAUGCCAAGAGACCUAUGCUUCUCCUCACAAUGGAGUCAGUAAUUUUUUUUUUUACAUAAUGUUAAAUUUGUCUUUCACGUCUGCAAAUGGAAGUGUUCACAUUCACCUGAAUGUGAGUUUUCACAUUCAGAUCUAAUGUAUGUAUGUAGUAAAAUUUCUUACGGUUUUAAUCCUUAUCCAGUAAGCACAGCCUACAUCUGGACUUAAAAAAAAUUUGAUUCCUUUUCCCCAAAAACACACUAAUAUUUUGGACUAUGUCUUUUUUUAUACUUUUUAAGCAUUUCUUAUACUUAUCCACAUGGCCUUUAUGUUUCAGUAACAAAUUGUCAGGGAAUUAUUAAUAUUACAAUUAUUACUGCCAUAGUUAUUACCAAGAUGUUUUUGUUUCUGACAUGUGUGGAGGAUAACACAGUAACCUCAGUAAACUCAUUUCUUGUGAUUUUGCUUUUGGAUGCAGUAUAAUAUGUUCUAGGCUUUCUCAUUGAGUCUUCUUGUUAUGAGAAAGAAAAAAAUAAUUUAAUGUAAUCUGGAUAGAACUGUUUCAAUUCAGUAUCAUCUUAUGUGCUGAUCUACCAUAUUACUGAUAUGUAUCCUUUGAGAAUACACACAUUCUGUAAUAAAUCAUGGCCUAAUUUGUUCUAAGAAUGUACUUUUUUAAUAACUUUAAGAGGUUUUCUUGAAAUAUCUAUUUAAUAUAAAGUAUAAAUGCAUAGGACAAAGUAGAAACAUUUGAAUUUAACCUUUUCAGUUAAAUGUAAUUAUUUAUAUAUUUUAUUCAACCAAAAGGCAUAAAAUGUAAAUUUACCUUUAGUCCGACACUUGGAUCUAUAUACACGGAUAGGAAUAAUCUAUUGUAACUGCAUCAAAGGCACAUCUUAAGUUUGCUCCAUUCAGAAUGUUGCUGUUUGCUCCACAGGAGGAUCACUCACUGUCACCUUUUUUAUUUAUUUAAAAAACUAGUGUUGUGAGUAACAUACGUAUGUCAACAACUGGCUUUUAACUUCAGUCUGAAAUGUAAAAAUAUAAAUAAAAAUUAUUUCAACAAUG